UAAACAAUCUAAUUGAUUUAUCAACUAAUCAUUUCAUAUCAGAUUAUCUAUAGAAGAUAAAAGGAUUCAAGCUUUACACAACAAUAAUCUUAUUUCCUUCUUUGAGCGGCUGUUUAGACUCGAGCCCUUCUUCCACUGGUUCUAGCCUUCUUCUUCAUGAAUACCAGAGGAACCCUCAGCUUAUCAGUCUCGUUGACCAACACAAAGAUAAGAAAUUGUUUUCUUUAUAACAUGUACCUUAAAAGAUUCUUAAUCUAUGUAACUAACAUUUGUUUUGCUUCAUAGAUGAAGCUUAAUUUUUUAUUAUGUAAGUGGAAGUAAAUGAUUAGUGAAGAGUCGUGUCAUCUGUCCUCACAAGCAAUAGAGACAAAGAUUUUGAGAGAAAAUAUCUCAGAUAAGAGUAUGCAAUGAAGUUGAAAAGCUUGAUGCUUGCUUCCAAACUUUGGAUUAGAAACUGCGUGUUAAGCACUUCAUUCUCGACUCUUCCCUAUCUUCUUCAAACCGAGGAUUUCAUCCAGUUGAGUGCAUGGUCUAUCCGUGAGCCGCUGUCUGCCUCGUCUUCGUUUAGCUUAUUCAUGACAAAAAUUAAUAUGUCCAGUCUGAUGCCAAGAACAUAAGGAGAGAUGCUAGACCCAGAGCUAUUCCAACUAAGAACAAAAUGUAGGUGACCACGAUAUAAGUUCCAUGAAACUCAUGGCUCUUCUUUGGUUUAUAGAAAUAUGCUGAAUGCUGACAGAAAAGAUGGAUCCCAAGGCUAUGGAUCAAAGUAAAAAUAGGUAAUUAUU